GUGUGUUCAAGCACUUUAUUCCGAUAUACUAACUAUUUAUUAAAAGUGAACGAUGCAUCGUGUUUAUCGCUCGAGGUGGCUUUUAUCCGGGGUGUCCUUGGCAGUUGGCAUCGGUGUUGGUGCCGCUUUGACACGAGCUGGUGACCGCCAUAAUAAAGCUCAAGACACGAGCAACGGACUUCUUGACCGUAUACCGAUCAUCCCGAUACCUAGCGUGGAUGCGGCAACAGAAAUCACUCAACCGGGACAGAUCGCUGUGAAUAAAUCCACAGCUGUCACGAAGUACGGUCUCCCUUCACUGUCCAACAUCAAGUCUAGAGAGUCUUACGUGAUCUCGUAUGACCCCAGAAACAGGACCGCGGCGUGGGUCAUCGAGCAGCUCAACGCGGAGACUUUAACCGGGACGUCGGACCGAACGUUAAGCGAGUUCAAGGAAGACGAUUCGGUACAUGUUUACCACAGGUCGAGCAAUGAGGAUUAUAAAGGCAGUGGGUUUGACAGGGGUCACCUAGCUGCAGCUGCCAAUCACAAGUGGAGUCAGAAAGCCAUGGAUGAUACAUUUUACCUGAGCAAUGUGUCACCACAGAAUCCUCAUCUAAACCAGCAUGCAUGGGUUAACCUGGAGAAAUAUUGUCGCUCUCUUAUCAAGGAUCAUCAUUAUCACAAUGUAUUUGUCUGCACUGGACCACUUUACUUACCACAACAGGAGCCUGAUGGGAAAAUGUACGUCAAGUAUCAAGUUUUGGGACAGAAUCACGUUGCUGUGCCGACUCACUUUUUUAAGGUUUUGAUUUUGGAAAAGCCAGGAGACGACGUAGAGCUGCGGUCUUACGUGAUGGCCAACAUGCCCAUAGAUGAGAAGAUUCCACUGGAACGCUUCCUGGUCCCUAUUGAGAGCAUUGAGAGGGCAUCUGGACUGCUCUUUGUACCCAACAUCAUGAAGAGAACCAGCAGUCUGAAAGCUAUUACUGCAGGACCAUGAUGAGUUUACACUAAUUCAUUGGGUCUAAUAUUAAAAGUAAAAUACCUUGUUUUUUGCAAAUGCAAGUCACUGUCACACAUUCAGGAUAGGAGUAUUUUUACACUCUUAAAAAAAUAAAGGUGCUUAAAUGGUCCUUCACAUAAUUGCCAUAAAAGAACCAUUUUGGUUCCUCAAAGAACCAUCAGUCAAAAGUUCCUAAAAUAACUAUUUUUUUCAUAUCUUUUUAUAAUUGUGAAACAGAAAGGUUCUUCAGAUGUUAAAGAGGAGCGAUAGAGGAGAUAAUGUAUCAUUUACCCGUGCUAUUUUUUUUAGGUUUCAGUCAAAAGAUUUUUUUAAAUGAUGAAUUUAUGAAUUAAAACUAAACUGACUGUGAAAUUUUGUUUGUACUGUUGAAAUAAAAAAAAGCUUUAAUCCUUUA